AUGGGUCGUGUUCUGCUCAAGGUUAUCAUCCUCGGCGACAGCGGCGUCGGGAAGACAUCGCUCAUGAACCAGUACGUGAACAAACGGUUCAGUAACCAGUACAAGGCAACCAUUGGCGCGGACUUUUUGACGAAGGAAGUCAUGGUGGACGACCGGUUGGUGACUAUGCAGCUCUGGGAUACUGCUGGUCAGGAGCGCUUCCAGUCACUUGGCGUCGCGUUCUAUCGAGGUGCCGACUGCUGCGUCCUUGUUUACGAUGUGAACAGCGCCAAGUCGUUCGAGACACUGGACAGUUGGCGGGAUGAGUUCCUCAUUCAGGCCAGCCCACACGAUCCAGAGAACUUCCCCUUCGUCGUUCUUGGCAAUAAGAUAGAUAUGGAGGAGAACAAGCGCCAGGUCACCCAGAAGCGCGCCAUGACCUGGUGCCAAUCGAAAGGCAACAUCCCAUAUUUCGAGACGUCGGCAAAGGAGGCCAUCAACGUCGAGCAGGCAUUCCAAACUGUUGCAAAGAAUGCGCUGCAGCAGGAGGCAGAAGAGCAGCUAUAUGUCGACUACCCCGACCCUAUCAGGAUCGACCAAGAGAGCACGCGGAGCUUUGGCUGCUGCUCGUAAGGAGCGUCAUCCGUCACUGCAUACCACCCCAUCAUGUCCUUACGACUUCCGGUUACCCUGUCAUCUUCGAACGAUGUUCUGUCGCGCACUUGUUUCUACGCCUUGUUCAUACUAAUGUGUUCUCGACGAUACUUGUACAUUCAUACGCACAAUUCCACUGUUUAUGUCGUCGAGUGAAUGUCAUCCACUCGUUUGCUCAUUACGGACGUCUCUGAGGAUCUGCCCCGCCUGUGUCGGGCCGAU